AUGGAUUGGGAACCGGAAACACUAACUGUGAGUAUGCCUUUUUAUCUGGAGAUAACUUUACCAAAAGAAAUGAAACGUGGUGAAAUUAUACACAUUCCCAUAAGUGUAUUUAUUCUGGACAGAAAGUAUUUACAAACAGUGGAAGAAAAGUUCACUUCAAUAGAAUGUUAUGAAAUUUCUGUUAAUGUACAAGUGAACAGUAGUGAAUGGUUAAUUGUUAGUACAAGUACCUACUCUGAUUGCUUAUGUUCCGGUGACAAGAAAACUUUUCUAGUGGGAUUAUUACCCCAACGGUUAGGUCAGUUGAAUAUUACUGCUGAAUCAUUGGCCAUUAGGAAAGGUCAAUCAUGCAAGCCUAUUGAACAUAGUGAGACUGACCAGAAUGCUUUAAUAUUUGACUUAAAAACAUUGAAAACAAAAAAACUUCAAUCCAAAGUGUUAACUGAUAAAAUUCGUCGUCAAAUUAAUGUAAUACCUGAAGGUGUUCAACAUGAAACAACCAUCAGUGAUAUUCUAUGCUUAAAUGAACAGGUAACCGAAUCAAAACGUGAAUUUCAGUUCAUUUUACCUAAAGAUUUGAUAAAAGAUUCACUACACAGUUAUAUAGCAUACAGUGAUGAAGUUUUAGGUCCAGCAUUAGUAAAUUUAGAUAACCUUGUCCGCUUACCAACUGGUUGUGGUGAACAGAAUAUGGUAUUAGUGGCGCCAAAUGUCUACAUUCUAGACUAUUUAAAGUCUACGCCAAGCAUUGAUUCAAAUGAGAAUAAAGCAAAAUAUAUACAAACAGCUAAAUCACAUAUUGUAUCCGGUUAUAUACAACAAUUGAAAUAUCGUCGAGAUGAUGGAUCAUUUUCUGCAUUCGGUAAAUCGGAUAAAGAAGGCAGUACAUGGCUGACAGCAUUUGUAUUACGUGUAUUUGCAAAGGCUUAUAAAUUAGAGCCAAGUUUAAGCAUUGAAUGGGGGAAUUUGUUCAAUGAUAGCAUAAAAUUUCUGAUAUCACGUCAAAACAAUGAGACUGGAUGCUUUGAAGAGCAUGGAAAAGUUUUGUAUUCACCAUUACAGGGGAUAACUGGGACAGAUCAAUCAGAAUGGAAGGAUAUACUACUCACCAGUUAUGUUAGUUCAGCUUUAUUUGAAACACGACCAGAAAAUGUUGAUAACAAUCAUGUAAAGUAUACCAGUGAGGUAGAAAAGUCGUAUGAUGCUGCUUUGAAGUGUAUCAGUCAAAAUCUAUUGAGUCAUGACCUACUCGAUGAAGUGCCAACAUCGGUAAUUGUACAAUUAACCCAUAUGUAUACAUUAAUUCAACCAAACUCUGAGCUGACUGUAAACUUACUAAAUCAAGUAAUCAAAAGAAAACAGGUAACCACUGAUCAGUUUGAGACAAAAGCCUAUUGGACUGAAAUGGCUACAAGUGAAUCUAAUUUUACAAUAAGUAAUCCAACAGGUUCUAUUGAUAACAAUCGACCACGUGACUUAGAAUCAACAGCCUAUGCCUUUUUAAGUCUAAAUAAAAUCAAUCAAUCAGUGAAUGAAUUAUUCCCAAUAAUACGUUGGAUAAGUUCUCAACAAAAAUCCAAUGGUGGUUUCUAUUCUACACAAGAUACAGUACUUGGAAUUGAAGCAAUAGCACAAUUCGCUAAGAAAUUAGGUAUAUCCUCUAGUCUACCUGAUCAAAAUAUAUCAUCCAAUGUUCUUAUGAUUUCUAAUUCAAUGGAUAUUGGACAUUUUACAUUGAAUGAUUCAAUUACACCACAGAAAAGACAAGUUAUCAAUCAAUUUGAAUUAUCAAAUUCUCAUCUGAAAACAGACAAUCAAGUAAUCCAUUCCAUUUGGAAGUUAAAAAGUAAUCAAUCACAACGAGAUUGUAUGUUAGUACAAAAUACCUUUAUCUACAAUUUACCAGAGGUAGAAGAUAAUAAGACAAAGUUAAAAUUAUCCUUCAAUAUAAUUCAGCAGACUUCUCCAAUUGACAUAAACUGUAAAUCUGCUAAACUGGUUAUGUGUCUAAGAUUAAAUGCCAGAACAGAUGAAAAGCCAAUCAAUACUGGGAUGUUAUUAAUACGAGUGGCUAUGGUUACAGGUUGGGAGCCAAUCAUUGAAGAAUUGAAUUCACAAUUAGGUAUUGAAGAUGAUUCCUUAAAAAUGAUUACAAUUAAUGAACAAAAUGAAAUUUCUUUAUACUUUAAUGAAUUCUCUGAAGAUGAAGUUAAUACAUUAGGUAGUUGGGAAAAGUUGAAACGAUGUAUCGAUGUACCAUUACAUCAAGUUCAUUAUGUUGAAAAUGUAAAGAAUGCAACAAUUAUCGCAAAUGAAUAUUAUACACCAGAGGAAAGUGUUACAGUCACUUAUAGACUGAAUGAAUGUCGAGAUGCUUGGGAUUUGCCUGAAACGCCUAUCCCAACUGAAAUAUUGCCAGUUACAUCAACUGAAUCAACAAUUAUAACUGACAAUUUCUCAGAAACCACAACAUUUAAAAUGAAAACCCCUUGUCCUGUAUGCAUAGACAAGGUUACUGAUAUUCAAUCACUUGCAGACAGCAUAUUCACUUCAGUGUGUAACUAUUCAAAUGGUUUUUACUUUAUAAAAGUACAAGAGAAUAUAAACAGUAGUAGUAUAAAUGCUACAGUAACACAUAUAUCACAAUCCAGAUAUACUGCAAGUUGGAAUACAACUUUACAAAUGCCUAAUUUUAAUGAAUGUCCUUGUGAAUUGAUUACAACUAACAAAUAUAUAGUAUUAUUCUUUGAUAAGGAUACAUAUAUUGAUCAAGGUGAACCCGUAAUUAACUUGGAAGAGUUGAAUUCCGCUGCAACAUUGAUAUCAAGUGAAGAGUUAUUACCUAGUCUUCAGAUAGCAGAACAGAGAUGGUCUGAAAUUGAAAAGGCAACCCUUAAUGGGACUACAGAUACUAAUUUCUCUUUUAUCUAUGAAUGUAGACGUUUACCAAAGAUGGUAAAGUUUCUAAAAUCAAAGUUUCUCAACUGA